AAAGACAAAAUGAGAAACAGUCACACUUACCUUGCAUUUCUUUUGUGCCACAUAAUUGUAGUAUAUAAUUCGACAAAGCCGACAAACUAUGUAGAAUGGAAACUCUUAAUUAUUACGGGCGAAUUCGCUGCAGCGACAUUACAACACGGACCAAAAUGGCGUAAGCACCCUCUAACUAUCGUCGCUGCUAUUGGUUGGUUGACUUUGUUGGAGCGUUUCUAUUGGCGAUUGUUUGCUUUAUUCUGAUAGACACGUAUCCGGUCAUAGCUCACGAGUGAAACGUAAAGAAAGUCUGUCAUCCAUCAAUUUCACUUUCUUUAUGCGUGUCGUGUUGACACAGUGAGGCCACGAUGGCUGACUGUGCUACAGUUGACGUGAGUAGUCAGCUCCCUGGACGGGAGGAACAACGAGGAGAAGACUGUGGGAGAGGCCCAGACAAGGAGGAAGGAGGUGGUCUGACGGACGCCAAGAGAGAAGUGUUGGAGAGAUGUCUUCAUGCCCUCAAACACGCUCAGAACGACAGCCACACGUUGGCUGCACUUCUCUUGAUCACACGUUUGUGCCCUGCUAGCCAACUGGACAAACCCACCUUGAGGCGCAUCUUUGAGGCUGUGGGUCUCAACCUUCCAGCUCGGUUGUUGGUGACCGCAGUGAGGGGAAGUGGGGAACCCGGCUUGCCCCCACACGAGCUCCUUUCAUUGGGUACGGCUCUGUUGUCUGCCCUAAGCACAGAUUCAGACAUGGCCUCACAGCCUCAGCUGCUCGCUACAGUCCCACUGCUGCUGGAAAUCCUAGCACAUGGUCCCAUGAACGGAGAGCUGGCACAGAACCGAGAUGGCGAGAUGGAAAAGGGUCCACAAAGUAAUCCUUGCAAUGAGAAUAAGCAAAAGUGUAAUGGUGACGAUGCAGCAAAUGCACCUCAAGUCAGCUCACCACCUGCAAAGCUUGACGAAGCCAUGGCUUCCGACUGCUACCAGGUGCUGACAGCUGUGCAUGCCCUACCCAGAGGUCCUGACCAGCUGUUGAGUCGGGGUGCUAUUCCUGCUCUCUGCCAGGCCGUGGACCAGAACCAGACCUUCAGCCAGAAGCUGGGAAUUCCCCUGCUUGUUUGCCUACUGUCUGGUAAAACCAAAGACAAAGCGUGGAGCAAACACUCACCCGAACUGUUGACUCUGCUGGUGACAAUGUCCAAAGAUUUCUGCACCGCCACAGGCCAGACCAGGCUGGAUAUGUGCUCCCAGUUGGUCCAUUUUCUACCCCCAGUGGGGGAAACAAUAGAAAGGGAGACACUGAGGGAAGUGGUACGCCGAGUGUGGGGGGAAUUGCAACCAAUGAUGCAGGCCAAAAUGACACCAAGACAGAUCGGGCCAGUUUUGGUCCUCAGUGCUUGUCUACUUGAUUUGUACGGAUGGGAGCUGGCCGGACCGCCAAAGUUCUGCUGCUUACUGGUGAAUCGGGCGUGUGUGGAGGUCAGGAUGGGUUUGGAGGAACCACCCGGCAACGAUCUGAGCCGAGAGCUGCAGGACACACUCACAGGUUGUUACCGGAUCAUGGAGGCCGCCAUCGAGCAGGCCUGCAGCCCAUCUGUCACGCCCGCGGCCGCACCGGCUCAGGGUGCUGUCUCCAGCCUCAGUCUCCAGCAGAGCAGGCAGGUCCUCGGCGUGCUGGAGGAGGCCUUCUCGGCUUUAAUGUACCACCUGCAGCAGGUGGACCCUAGCCGCUACAGCGAGCCGUUUAUUUUCGCCACAUUCCGCUGCCUGUGCUCAUGGCUGGCUGAGGAGACUUCCUGUCUGAAGGAGGAAGUGACCAAGGUGCUGCCAGUCCUCAUAGACUACUCAAGGAGCCACCUGCUGGCCGAGAGCUCUGAGCGGGGCCUCUCCGACUGGAUGGACGAGAUGUCUGUUGCUGAUGCGAGCGGGGUGUGGACGGGCAAAGAGGCACUUAGGUACCUCCUGCCAGCUCUGUGUCACCUGUCUGCCGAGGAAGGUCCCCGUAAGGUGCUGCUCACCCUCGACACGCCAGCCUUGCUGGUGCACUACCUGUCGCACGGUUUCAGUUCCUUGAAGGGGAAAAAUGCAGCGUCCUCAGCAAGGGAUCCCAGCAUGGAGACAGCCUGCUCGGCCCUCCUUAAUUUUGCCGUCACUGAACCUGAAAGAGUCAGGAAGGACCAAUCUUUCAGAAUGCUGGAGAAGCACUUAAGUGAAGCACUUCCUGUUUUGGUGCAUAAACAGAGCCUCCUCGUCCUUGCAGCUAAUUACUGCACUUUGGGUUUGAUGAUUGGCAGGCUGAAAUCAGGUUUGACAGGUUCAGCUGAAGUCGAUCAGAGGCGCUUCUUCUCCACUGCCCUCCGCUUCCUCUACAGCGCUUUGGACUCCGAUCCUAGCCCAGGACCAGCCAAGGUGAGCCCCGCCUGGGAGGACAGCUGGGAUGAGGUCGCAGAGCUCUGGAGGUUGGGUGUGCAGGCGCUGGGGGGCUGCGUGCACGCUCAGCCUUGGAUCACGGCGCUGGUCCGAGAGGAAGGCUGGCUGAGAAACACGCUGGGCAUGCUGGGGCCGUGUAGCGCGCUGCCGGACCAGCACACGCAGGAGGUGCUGGAGGAGGCGCUGUGUGCUGUGGCGGACCGGUGCUCGCUCUCCAAGCAGGACAUUAGUGAUGCAAUGAGGAUGUAUGAUAAAGGAGCUUUGAGCUGCAUGAGGAACCUGAAGAAGGCUGUGGGAGUAAAAUGAAUGGGGAAAAAAAUUAAUUUUUAAAAGAAAGUAAUUACUCAAUCCAAGGUCCAGCGGUCUGAUAUGGAUAAGUGUUCAUAACACACAUCUUGUAACUGAACGACAUUAAAUAAAGGAUUAUUUUCUUAUGUAACAUAAACCCUUGGUACUUGUUUUGCUUCACGUCAUUUGCUUAUGUUUUUUCCCCCAAACAAUUACAUUAAAGUACAUCACAAGCACAAUUCAACAUGGCCAAAAAGGAGUUGGAAGAAGCAGGGCUUAGUUAAUCCUCCAUACCUCUUCUCCACGUGCCAGCAAUUACUGAUAAUUUCAUCACUUCCAGU